UCUUCCUUUACCUGCAAUAGUGUAGUGUCUCUCUCUCUCUCUCUAGAUUGCGGUCAUAUAUUGAUACAGUUGCAUCUUGCAUAUAUGUAACAGAAUUUCAGGACCUAUCAUUCUGGUUUAGCUUUCUCAGGCGCCUUUUACCUUGCUUUUGGGGAAGAAAAAGGAGGAUUCAAAGAGUUUUUUCAUGUAAAGAACCCAGUUUCUUGUGUUAAGUUUCUCUGUUGAACACUGCAGAUUGUGAGAGAAAUUGCCUGCCAUUAAUGCGCAUUAAGUUUCGUUCUUAGACAAAGAAGAUGGAAAAAACGUACUUAUGUAAGGAUGGGGAAUUAUCCAAUGAAGACUCUUCGAGUUUUUCCGAUUCACAGCUGAAGAAGUUGGUGAAAGGGGCUAAUUCUCGCCGUACCAUAGUUGUAAAUAUUGUUCAGUCACUAAUCAGUAAGGAUUUUUCCCCCUUCCAUGGCCAAUUACAUUGCAAGAUACCGAAGAAUAUGGUGAGUGUAGAUGAGAAAUUUCUUCGUUGCUGUCUGGAAUUCAUUCACAUGAAUGGAUUCAAAGGAGCUCAGAGAGACUUAGCUGUGAACUCAAGAUCAACAAAUAUGCGAAUUUUACCGGAAAACUUGGAUCCAGGUCAGUUUAUCUUUGAAUGUCCAAUGAAAGAUGGGAUUGGGAGUGUAGUCAUAAGUGCUAAUCCUGUACGAUGGAGCUUAAAUUCAGUUAUGAGGAGUAAAAGUAUGGUAAAUAUUUUGAGUAGCCCUUUGUUUCACCAGUUUGGUGCUUCAGAUAAGAACGAAAUUUGAGCAUGAUGAACUUUGCCGAUGCUAAAGGAUUAACACGUUAUGAUUACAUGGACUCUCCCGGUGGUUUGAGUAUUUCUUCAGAAUAUAAACUUGAAAAAGAAGUUCCAAUUAUGAGAGGCCAAAAGUUUGGCUCUAUGUCAUCUGUUCAUGGAAGGCUUGCUUCUACCUCGAGCACGAACUCAGAUGGAUUAUCUUUUGAUUCUCCUACACCUUUUCAAGGAAUGCUUCAAUGCACAUGGAGGGAAGGAAUUCCUCAGUUUGUUUUCUCUGCAGAUGAUAAGAAGGAGAUCUAUGUAGCCAAUUCGAUGAAGGUAGGAAAAGAUAACAAAGCUUUGGACUAUGUGUACCUGAUUCAUUUGGACAAAGGUGAGCAAAGGGGCCGUGAAAUUUCUGAUAGUAAUUCCCAACUUGUUGGUAAGAUGAAUGUAUCAUCAUGUUUCACGCUCGACUCAAACAAUGAAAUCAUGGAAACUGAAUUUGUUUUGUUUGGUGACAAUGAAAAUUAUGAUAAAGAACUGUACUGUUCAAGCCAUACACAGAAAAGAAACAAGGGGCUAUCUAGGAAAUUGUCCCAUGUUUUCAGAAGUCCUUUGUCAAAACACACAACACUCUCAAAGUUUGAUGAACUGGAAAGUUGUCCAUGGGAUCCGAAUGCAAAUAGUGGGGUCAGUUUGUUAGAAACUAAUAUUCCACCACAUUUUGAGAUGGCUGCCAUUGUUGUGAAAGACCAUAUUCCUUGUACUCGGCUAAAUAAAGUAGGAGGUUGGGGUUUAAAAUUUCUCAACAAGUCUAAAGUUAAGCAAACUUCAUCACUUUGUGAAAGCUGUACGAGAAGCACGGGUGAUUGCUCAACUAGUAUGAAUGUCCUAAUUCCUGCUGGUAUCCAUGGUGGACCAAGAACCAGAUAUGGUGGUCCAUCCAGUCUUAUUGAAAGAUGGAGAUCCGGAGGUCACUGUGAAUGUGGUGGUUGGGACGAGGGAUGUCCUCUGACAAUAUAUCAGACAAAAUUGACAAAAGCAGAGGUUCCUUCUGAAGUAGAUACGCAAGGCGAGAGCAAGAGCGUUGAUUUAGUUACUCAGGGUUCAAGGGAUUUUAUCCCCACUUUGAGGAUGGUGAACGUUCGUGAUAAUUUAUACUUAAUCCAUUUCCUGCCACCCUUAUCUGCAUUGCAGUCACUCUCCAUCGCAAUGGCUAUAAUUCUCACACAGAGCUCUAUUCUCCGAUCCAGUAGUGCACAGAGGUUUUGAUAACAAAAGUUAAAAACUAAGGUUCUGUUGCUUUCAUAAUUUUCUCAUGAUUGAUGACAAAUUAGGUGUUUUUUGUGCAUGAAUCAAAUAUUUAUUCCUAUGUUAAGGUUGUUUAUAUAGUGUUAGAGGUUACAUAGCUCCGGUCUCCAUACUUUCCACUUCUGUUCUUGUAGCCAUUUUUGUUUCCCCUUCUUUGUGUUGAUUGUCUUCAAGGGAUGUAAAAGCUUCUUGACCAACAGUGACAUUGGAUUAGCCAUAUUUGACAAAACAAGUAGCGCACAGAUUAGCAACAACACUGAUAAGCUAUUUGAUGAUGGCAGUUAACUAUGAAUUAAUUUGGUCUACUGUGUUUGCAAAUUCAGACUGAGCGGCAAAUACCUUUUCAUUCAACUUUCAAUUGGAUCAUUCUUUGAACAUGUUAUCUUUGUCUUACAGCUUUUUUUUUUUCCCCACAAGAUUAAUUGGUGAUAUAGGGCUUAAAUUCUCAUGAUAAGAUCUUGCAUGAAACAGGGUACUGUUCUCUGCCGUUUCAUCAAGGUAUGUGAUGUAAAUGGUUAUUUAAAAUAUUUCCAAUUUGAUGAUGUUAAUUCAGUUUUUGGACUUUAGAAUCAAUAUCAUCAAUGUCAAAUAUAAAAUCUGCAACAAACUGAAUUAUUCAUAAAUUGUGAAUGGUUCAGGUUAUUCCUUAAAAAAUCAAUAUAUAUAUAUAUAUAUAUAUUCAUAAGUUAAAGUAUGAUCUUUCACAUGCACCAAGGUGUAUGCGAAGUUCAUAUUUGAAUUAGUGUCAAAAUAUUCACUGAUGCUUCAAGUAUUGUCCUAAAGUGGGAAUUUAAUUUAUAGUUCUUUUAUACACUAGUGGGUUCUAAAUUUUCGGGGGAGAAAAUGACUAGUUUGAAGUAACUUUUGGUCCUCUUGUAAUCUAGAUGGUUUGGAUUUCUUCUUCCAUUAAUUGAAAAUAAAAAAAUCAUUCCUAAAGGAUUUAAACCAUUGAAUGGUCAAAUUUUACUCAAAAUGACCAUCAUUUUUCGACUGUGCACUCUCUUCUAGUUGGCAGAAAAAUGAGUCAUUUUGAGUAGAAUCUCAUCAACUAUUUGAUUUGGAUGUUCACAUCUGUUUGAAAAGAGUUUUUUUAAUCUUUGAUGUAAAAAAGAAAUCAAGGCAAUCCAGAUUGACUGAGUGAAUAGGAUUUAUAUGUUCAACCAAAAAAAUGGAAAAAAUAAUUGGAAAAUAAUGAUGUUUUCUCAUUGAUAUGAGUAAGUUACAUAUAUACAAAGCCUACACUUAAUGUCCUGAGAUACUAGGGAUCUAAACAACCUAUAUAGAGAGUAUCAUACAUUAAUCGCAUUUAUUUGACUUUUUUUUUUUUUGUUGGGGAACUUCAUUCAACCGAAUGUAAACCAAUAACAGAGAACAAAGAGCAAAAACAACUCAGCAGGACAGAAAAAACAAUAUAUUUGAAUUUUAUAUUGGGUAGAUUCUCCAUUAACUGCAAUAUCUAUAUUAAAUAACACUCCUCCUCAAUUGGUGCAUAGAUAUCAAUCAUGUCCAACUUGUUAAUAAUGUCAUGGUGAGCUUGGAAAGAGACAGCUUUCAUAAGAAUAUCUGUAAGUUCGUACUGUGGCUAUAUGUAAGGGAAGCAAAUAAGGCUGAUGUCAAGAUGGUCCUUGAUGAAGUGUCUGUAAACUUCGAUAUGCUUUGUAUGGUCGUGUUUCAUUGGGUUGUGAGCGAUUUACACAGCUGUUAUUGUCAAGGGGUGGUUGUUCCUGAUUUUGUUUGAUUUUUCUGAUUGAGUGGUUGUGAGCUAGUGAUUUUAUGUCAAACGUUGGUUUAAAGUUGAAACAAACACCACAGAAAAAUACUAUGUAAUCCUACUUUCUCUCUUUUUCA